CAAGUGUGGAGGGAACGAUAACGCACGCUAAGCUACGCUGCUACUCUCCCUCAAGUCUCAACCAUUGCCGCGUCCACGACGCACUGCUGCUCCCUGCCACCACCGAGAAACCACCGGCCCACUGCUAUAUAUACCACCACCUUCUUCCCGCCAUCAUCCACCACCACCGCCGGCAUCGAGAAUCAGCUCGUCUGCUUGAUCCCAAGUCCCAACAGCUCUAUUCUUUGUGCAUCCCGUGCACAUACGGAUCGCCAGAGCGUGAUGCAGGGAAGUGGUGGCAGCGGCGGUAGUGCCACGCAAGAGCGGCUCUACGCCGCCGGCCGUGGGCAGCCGGAUCAGCCUCAGGUCGUUGACGGGACGUUCCUCAUGGAGCUGCUUGAGGACGCGCCGGCGGCGGACCAGCCGCCGGAGGACGUUGACAGGCUGAACCUCGUCAUCCGGUCCCUCGAGGCCGAGAUCGGCGGCGGGCCGCCCGCGGCACCGGCGGCAGACGGCGGGAGCACGGCGGAGGACGUGCCGAGCGACGUCGACGGCGGGCUGGAUGACGUGCUGUCGGACCUCGGCAGCAGCCCCGGUCCGUGCGCGGCCGAGGCACUGCCGUUCGAGUACUGGGCGGCGGUGCCGCCAGCGGUGGGGCACCUGCACGACAUGGGCGGCUGGUACGUCGACGGCGACGGCGUCAUGGUAUGGAACGAGUUCAGGGAGCAGUGCUAUUACGGCUACGGCGAGAGUCCCGCUGUUGAGCAACUAGUGUACAGCCCCCUGUGGGAAUGAAUGAUCAAAUUCGAAAAGUUAAAGAGGAGUGUAUUAUGAAUAUGAGAAGCAAACCAAUCUUUACAA